AUUGUCUACUAACCGGUCGUUCCGGCACAGCAUUCGUUUUCAAGAUCAAUUAAGAAAUAUACUAUGUACACUACAGCCUGGGAAGCUAGGCGCUUAACAAUACUCGAAUGGGCUUUCGUCUAUUUGACCAUAAUAUUCGCAUUUCUAUCUAUAACUUUCGGAUGUUACUUCACUUUCAUGACAAGACAUGGGGCACACCGAGUAUUUUUAGAACGGAUAGAAGAGAUGGAAGAAGAUUCUGACGAUGAAAGUGAAGAUGAAACAGAAACGCUUUCCACUACAAAUACGGGAUUAACAAUA